AUGGCCCCGACACUCGCAUCUGUUGCGACCACGGCCACCCAGGUCGCUGCCGCCGCGGCCACUCAUGUCAUCAUCCCGAUCCUCAAACGCGCCGAGGAGGAGGCCGCUGAGGCUGCAGGCGGUGAGGAGGAAGACGCCUGCGCUGCCUCCUAUGACGACUCGCACUGGGGCCUCCGCAUCGGAGGCAUCUUCAUCAUCCUCGCGACCAGUCUGCUCGGCACCCUUGCGCCGAUCCUGCUGCGGUCAUCGCGUGUUGUUCCCCGUGCUUUCUUCGAGUUCGUCAAGUAUUUCGGUUCCGGUGUCAUUAUCGCUACGGCGUUCAUGCACCUGCUCGCGCCUGCCUUCGAUGAGCUCGGCUCGGAGUGUCUCUCGGGCACUUGGAACAACUACGACUGGGCGCCCGCUUUCGCGCUCAUCUCGUGCAUGCUCAUGUUCUUCGCCGAGGUCGCCGCGUACCGCAUCGGCACGCAGAAGCUGGAACAGAUCGGCGUCAACUACUCGUCGCACGUCCACGACGAGACGGACGCGCACGCUCACGACCACCGCGCGCCCUCUGUCGUUGCCGGCCAGUCGAACCCCGCCAACCUCCACUCGCACGCGCUCGAGCACGAGAUUGCGCACGAGCACCACCCCAAUAUCAACGGACACGGCCUCGGCCACCACGGCCCUAUGCCUGACGGACCGACCGAGGCGGAGAUCUACGGCGAGUCGCUCGACGGCGGCAAGCUGCGCAAGAAGGUCGACCUCGAGAGCGGCGACUCGGACUCGGCCCUCACCCUCGGCCCUAGCGAUGCCGAGACCGCUGCUCAGAUUGUCGGUGUGGCGAUUCUCGAGUUUGGCGUCGUGCUGCACUCCAUCAUCAUCGGUCUCACCCUCGCAACGAGCGACGAGUUCAUCGUUCUCUUCAUUGUCAUCAUCUUCCACCAGAUGUUCGAGGGACUCGGUCUCGGCGCCCGUCUCGCCUCGCUCGAGCUGCCCAAGCACCUCUGGUGGGUGCGCUACGCCGCCGCGCUCCUGUACUGCAUCUGCACGCCCGUCGGCAUGGCUGCUGGCCUCGGUGUCCGCAAGUCUUACAACGGAAAUGGCACCGCCAACCUCAUCGUUUCCGGUAUCCUCGACGCCAUCUCGGCCGGUAUCCUGCUCUACACUGGUCUCGUCGAGCUCCUCGCCCACGAGAUCCUCCUCAACCCUCGUAUGAUGAAGAGCUCGAACUCGAAGCUCGCGUACGUCUUCAUCUGCAUGUGUCUUGGAGCGGGUCUCAUGGCCCUCCUUGCCAACUGGGCUUAA